CUAAAGUUAGCACAGAAGUUUGUACUGUACCACCAGUAGGCGUACGAGCUAAGUCUAUUUUUAGAAAUUGAUGAGCAGACGUGAUGUUUGCUGCGUGAUAUUGCUGCUUGACUUCUGAUCAUUGUUAACUUUUCUGUUGUAUCUGCGAAAACAUCAAGAGUGCAAAAUGUCGAAUUACUUAAGAACUAAUACGAAGAUGGAGCUUCAGAGGGCCCAAGCUGAGGCGCAGCGGAAGAAAUCAUUGAAUCAUCAGUCGAAUAAGACUACGCAGUCACAAGCUAUCUUGCUCCCGAAUGCAGUUGCAACAUCAGCAAGUGUUCCUGGGACGGUUCUGCAUGUUCAAAGUAAUUUACAACAUCCUACACGAUACCAUGUCGAACAGAAACAGAGAAAUCAGGUUGCAAAUUAUCUCAGCAAUUCUGUCGGAACUUCUAAAGUAGUUGUAAAUCAAUUGCUGCGUCCUCAUGGCAGUAUGCCAGACACAAAAACAAUAGGUGUAACCGGUACAUCAGGACUCAGUGCACCAGCAAGUCCACUUUCUCGUUUGCAACUUUCAACUUCGGCCGAUUCUCAGAUGGAUGAUAUAAUCGACGAUAUUGUCAGUCUGGAAUCCAGCUUGGGUGAUCGAAAUUUAUCCACAACGCUUCCCACAAUUGAUCAAUCAACGUUACAAACAUUUGCGGUGUCUUCUGCUCAGAAGUUAGCCGUCUAUGACCAGAAUAAAACGUCUUCGUCUUGUCCGCCUGAGAUAAUUCCAAAACAAGAAUUCUUAGACGACGACCCAAGAGCUACGUAUAUGCAAGAUCGUGUGAAGAAAGAUAAUCACAAUCGAAUUGAACGCAGACGACGAUAUAAUAUCAACGAUCGUAUCAAAGAGUUGGGAACCCUUGUGCCAAGAAAUAAUGACCCGGACAUGAGAUGGAAUAAAGGUUCAAUAUUGAAAGCGUCAGUCGAUUACAUGCGCGACUUACAAAAUCGAGUUUCCCGCGCAGAAAAAGUCGAAAGAAAUCAGGGCCAGAUGCAAAACACGAAUCGAAGACUUAUGCUACGUAUACAGGAACUAGAGAUGCUUGUAAAAUCCAAAGGAAUGGAUAUCCCACCUAUGCAAGAACAAGAGGAAAUCUUCAACAGUUUGCUGAACACGGAUACUUCUGUGUCUUUCGAUGACCCGACUCAAAUGUUCACCAAAGAAGAAGAAUUUGAAGUUGCCAACUUUCCGUCCCAGCCCAUCCAAGAGCACAGUUCCAACUUCAAUCAGGAUACCCAUUCCUCAUCAUUUUUAAUACAACAGUCACCUCAGCAGCCAUCGUUUUUCAUUGCAACACAACCUACGACGUCGCCUUCGCCAAAUACCAGCCAACAUCAAUAUUUGCAACCACAGCAGCAUAUAGUUUCUAUCGACAUAACUUCUCCAGCAUCUCUCUCACCCCAGCCACAACAGCCUCAGCAUCGAACAAUUGACACCAGUAUGGCAACGACCAUGAUGCAGCAUGAAAAUCAAGGCAUUCAAUUAUCGGAUGCUAUGUUGCCAUUCGAUAGUAAUACGACCUUCAGUAAUCUAUUGAACCAAUCAGAGGAGGUGAAUUUUGACGACGUGUUGAUGGAAGAAGACAUGACGCCAAUCAGAACUGACAUAUUUCUCUCAGAUUCAAUCCAACAUCUACAGUGAAUGAUUGUUUUGAUCUUCAGUUGUAUUGUCGUGGCCGCGUGAAACGUAACGGAGUCACAUCGUCCGCACACGGCCGCAGCACUGCUUGCUAUUCCACUAUGCAUCGCGUAUCCUUGAUCUUGAAACGGUCAGGGAACACGAUAUUUUGUCGAACAGGAAUCGUCAAUUUUUCAUUGGAAUCCUCAAGUAAUCACACAUUUCUUGUGAAAUGUCCAUCAGUACGGCUAUAUUUUGACUAAAUACCCACUUAGACCAGGGGUGUGCGAACUGCGGCCCGCAAGGAAAAAAAAUGUGCGGCCCGAGGAGAAGUGCCAAUUUUGAAUGGUGUGCCCGAUACACGAGUUUUUAUUUAGGUAAUCUGAUACGUGUGAAAUCCAAUCUCCGUACGUCGCAAAACCUAUACCAGUACCUGAGUGCCACUGUCAUAUUAGUAAAACUAGCUAGCACCAUCUUGUCGAAAUACACAAUGUUAUAAAAACGUGUUUCUAACUGAAAUCGUUUAAAGUCGGGUGCGACAAUAAAUUUGAAUAGCAGUUUUCUUCAGAAAUUUCUGCGUUUCAACUUAACUUUUCUGCAAUGACCCCGCAACAAUGCCGUAAGAUCAUGACAAAAAGAAACAAUUUUUUGUGCCUGUAACUACUUGAAAGGCUAUCUUGAAUAAAGACGCGACACGCUGCUUCAUCUACUAGUUACUUGUAUCUGGCCCUUUCGUAAUAAAGGUUGCUCACGCCUGACUUAGACGACAGUGAAUAACAGUAAACAGUGAUUCCACGUUUCGCCUUUAGAUCUAUCGUUUCUAUUUUAAAUUCUUUACCGCACCUUUGUGUUUAAUUUUAUUUAUUCUCAAUCAUGUACAUAUAUGAAAGCGGUGGAAUUAAUAUUUUUAUUGCCCAGGAUUCGUGUGAAGUAUCUGAAGACAAGCAUCCGGGUCAUUUAUCGGAAAUAGAACGAGAAGUUUCCCGCGCUUAUAUAACUCGAUAUGAUGUGUCUCGGUCGUCAUAAAUUUGUCGAGCUAUUAUUUCAGUAUAGGUGGUUAAACCAGUUGUCUUAAUUACUCUCGUACUGAGUAUAAUAUGCAUUUAUUAACCGUAGGGUGUAGAUCCUCGUAAUUGAUCUCGAUUCGCCUAGAUGUGAAAAAGGGGUACUCCCGGAGUAUGUGAUUGUGAACCAAGAAUAGUGGCUCCGCAACGUAGAAUGUGUACCAGGUCAGGGUUAGGCCAUAAUUUCAGGUACAAAUACUACGGGAGUCACUUGGCUGUUCCUCGAACUUGUAAUAAGACUAAAAUAGGCAAAAUUGGAAUAAAAUUAUGGCUAACCCUAACCUGGUAAACAUACUAAGUUCCGGUGUCCGCAAUUUUGGUUCACAUACUUCGGGAAUACCGAAAUAACAAGCCGUUCUCCCAAGUAAAUUUAUUUUGUACGAUUCCCAGGGAUCUUUAUUUUUUCAAACCUCGGUAUGAACUUACUUGCAAUCCUGAUUUGGGGUUUUGUUUUUUUGUAAUCGUUUUUUUUUUUACUAAUUCACAUAAUGUUCACACUAUUUUUAGAUACCAUAUUUAAUGAAAUUCAUCAUCUGUAUGGUCCUAAGGCUAAAUGAUGCCCGACAAUAUCUCGUUCCAUUCCACUAUGUUAAGAGUUUUGGUCUCUGAUCAUUUCGUAUAUAUAGUUGUACGAAGGUGUAUGUAUGAAGGUUAGUUGCCCCCAGUGCGUGACGUCUUGCUAAAUGAUUGUUUUUAGCUUUUGCCAUUUAUUCCUAAUAAUAUUGAAUUCACGAUUUUUUUCUACUAUGUUUUAAUUAUGGCUUGUAAAUGCAUUUGUGAAUUAUCAUUUCGAUAUAAACGUAUUUUAUUGGUAUUUUUAGAUCGUGUUUUAUAUGAAAUGAUAUGUUGCAAUUUUUAUCAUUCAGCCAUUUAUUCAUUUACUGAUUUUAUGUCAAUAUUUUCUCUAUAUUUCUUUAUCAACAUUUUCGCAUUUUACAAUAGCGAACACUUUUUUCUGACCAGUUCUGACUUUUAAUUAAAUUCACUUUGAAUUGG